AUGGAGGUAGAGGAGGAGGGAAAUCUCUCUCCAAGCUAUCGUGGGGGAGAGUGUGUCCCUGAGAGCCUCUUUGAUCGUGUAACUCAUGCGGGACGCGGCGAUAUAGAGCAUGAGCGGGACAGGCGUCUUCAACUGGCGGACACUGUCUCGAAGCAUCGAGCUGAGUUUGCCUUUGCUCAGCUUGAGAACGAGAGAGCUUUUACAUCUCUGCGUGACGAGCUAAGGAUAGCUCGUGUGGAUAUUGACCGGUAUCGGGCUGAGAUAACUGCUCUUCAGACCCUUGUCGAUGCCCACCAUCGGGAGCACAAGGCUCUCUGUGAGAUGCUUGAGCGCAAGGGCGUUCUUUUUCGGAAGAAGCAGCGUACUGAUGGUACGGCUUAA